AUGUGUGGUCUAACCCUUACGAUCCACCCACUUCUCCCAAAUACUCACGACCAGUCCAAACCGAAUACUACAUCCGCUCUUCUCGAGUCUUUCCGCUCAACCAACGUCCAGAGAGGACCAGAUUCCCAGCGUACCCAUAAACACGUAGUAGAGCUGAAAGAUGGUAGCAGGCUGGAGUUGUGCUUGACAGCUACCGUGCUAGGCCUGCGAGGGGAGCUUACCGCUCAGCCGAUGGUAGGUAAAAGAGGUGUUCUGGGAUGGAAUGGUCAGGUGUUCGAGGGUAUAGACAUGAGUAAAGAUGAAAAUGAUACGAGGAAAGUAUUUGAUAGGCUUGAAGCUGGAGCGGAUAUAGAAGAGGUUUUGAGGGGUAUUGAAGGACCAUUUGCUUUCGUUUAUCUGGACCUUACGACAGAAACACUUCACUAUCAACUUGAUCCUCUCUCUCGACGAUCUCUCCUCAUCCACCCUCUCGAGCCGAGUACAGAAAAUACCGAUCUCUUCAUACUCAGCUCUUCGAGAUCGCCCCCAGCCGGAGAACAAGGUAUAGAUAUGCGGGCUCUGCUAGGUGGUGAAGGCGGGUCUAUAUCCCUCAAAAAUGUACUUCUGUCCAAGUCAAAUGAGGAAGGGUCGAUGAAUAUGACUAAUGCUAUCGUACAGCGUACUACUCUUGAUACACCUGAGUCGUCCUCGUCUCCUUGGACCCGGAUCAGUCCCAUCAAUACUGCUCUUCCUCCUCCGGAGCUACCCCAACAGAACCCCGAAAUAAUAGCGGAAGUGCCAGAAUUCAUCGAACAGCUGAUAUCUAGCGUAAGGAGGAGGGUAGAGAAUAUACCUGAACCGGACAAAGGGAACUCCAGAGUCGCGGUCCUUUUCUCAGGGGGUAUAGACUGUACCUUCCUGGCAUAUCUUCUUCACCUCUGUCUACCACCCGACGAUCCAAUAGAUCUGAUUAACGUUGCAUUCUCCCCCGCACCCAAACCCCCCAAUCCAUACGAUCAGGGCAAAGGGAAGGAGCCCGUUUCGCCAAGCUACGAUGUCCCCGAUAGGUUAUCUGGUAGGGAUGCUGUUGCUGAAUUAAGGGAGGUCUGUGGUGAUAGAGAAUGGAGAUUUGUUGAAAUCAACGUUCCAUAUGACGAAGCUAGAACCCAUCGCCAGAACGUCAUCGAUCUCAUGUACCCUUCGUCAACUGAGAUGGAUCAGUCUCUGGCAUUACCUCUGUAUUUCGCUUCUCAAGGGAUAGGCACUCUACAAGAAAGCAAUGAGCCGUAUCAUGUCAAGGCGAAAGUCUAUAUAUCAGGUCUUGGGGCCGAUGAACAACUAGGAGGAUACGCUAGACAUAGACACGCAUUUCAACGAGAAGGAUGGGAAGGCUUGAUCUCAGAGACACAAAUGGAUAUCGCUCGAUUACCUACUCGCAACCUAUCUCGAGAUGAUCGGAUGCUAUCUUCCCAUGCUAGAGACGCCAGAUACCCCUAUCUAUCAUUAUCAUUCAUAUCGUACCUCUCCUCAUUACCUAUCCAUAUCAAGUGCGAUCCGAGAUUAAGGGAAGGUCAGGGAGACAAGAUCUUGCUUCGGAAAGCUGUGGAAAGUUUAGGUCUGAAGAGAGCAUCAGGAAGAGUCAAGAGGGCUAUGCAGUUCGGAACGAGAAGUAGUAAGCUUGGUGGGAGUGGGACCGGGGUCAAAGGUCCGAAAGCUGGGGAGAGACAGGUCGAGUGA